UUGUGAACAUGUACUUUCUGGUGUCCCAUCUGGAAUGACAAUCAAGUUAUUUUAUUUGUCUGGCCUCAUCCUGCUAUGGUUUGUAUAGAGAUGGUAGAUUCCACAUCCUGCUCUUAUGUAGGACUGACCAGUUAACACCCACAACAGCAUCAUGCCCCCGCAAAGGUUUUAACACACACACCAACACACACACACACACACACACACACACACACAUGGGCAGCUCUUCCUUGCCCCUGUAGGGUAUAUAAGCAGAAGCAGAAGACUCCCAGCAGGAGCAGCAGCAGACCGUCUCCAACCAAGAGCAACGUCUCACUCCAGCUUCAACUGAGUCUUGUGAGGGAUCAUCCACCCUGAACUAUCGCCACCAUGUCUGAUCAAGGUGCCACCCCGACCCCCUCUACUGCCCCCCCUAUUCCCACCGGACCCCGUCCCAAGGUGACAAACCGUGGUCGCGCCUCAGCUCCCCUCGCCAGCUCCAACUCUGACUCAGUGGACGUACCUGAGUUUGAGACCUUUGGUAUAGUGAGUCCGAGAGGUCUUCCACCUCUGACUGACUACUUGGACAUCUGGGAUGUGGACAUGAUGAGGAAGCCAAAUGAGGACAACAAGAUGCAACACCACACCAUGUUGUACAACUCUGAAAAUCUCAUCGUCCGCAGAGGGCAGGAGUUCCAGGUCAAGAUCACCUUCAACCGUCCUUACAAACCUGCUGAGGACAAGUUUGCUGUGGAGUUUGUCAUCGGCUCUAGCCCUCAGUACAGCAAGGGCACCUACAUCCCCGUCUUCCCCACCAAGGAGCAACGGGCCAACUGGGAGGGCCGCAUCACCAGCACCUCCGACAACGUGGUCACCAUGGGUGUCACCCCUGCCGCCAACUGCAUUGUGGGGAAGUAUCACAUGUACGUUGCCGUGAUAACACCCUUCGGCAUCCGCAGGACCAGACGGGACUCGAGUCGAGACCUCUACAUCCUCUUCAACCCCUGGGCAGCCGAGGAUGCCGUGUUUCUGGAUGAUGAGAAGGAGAGGCAGGAGUGUGUGAUGACUGAGAUGGGGAUCAUCUACCACGGCGCCUAUGAUGACAUCGCUGAGAGAGACUGGAACUUUGGACAGUUUAACUAUGGAGUCCUGGAUGCCUGUCUGUACAUCAUGGACAGGUCUGAGAUGCCCAUCACCAACAGAGGAGACCCCAUCAAGGUGACCAGGAAGGCCUCUGCUAUGCUGAACUCCCGUGAUGACGAAGGUGUGCUGGUGGGGAACUGGAGCGGUGACUACACCUACGGUGUGGCACCCACUUCCUGGACUGGCAGCACAGACAUCCUCCUCACCUAUGCCCGCAGCACGAUGCCCGUCUGCUAUGCUCAAUGCUGGGUCUACGCCGCCGUUUUCAACACCUUCCUGCGCUGUCUCGGCAUCCCGUCCCGGGUCGUCACCAACUACUACUCUGCCCAUGACAAUGAUGGAAACCUGAAGACUGACAUCAUCCUGGAUGAGAAUGGCAGGAUUGACCGCAACCGCACCAAGGACUCUAUCUGGAACUAUCACUGCUGGAAUGAGUGCUAUAUGACCAGACCAGACCUCCCAACUGGCUUUGGAGGCUGGCAGGUUGUGGAUGCAACACCACAGGAGACCAGCGAUGGCUUGUACAGAUGUGGACCCGCAUCAGUCCAGGCCAUCAAACAUGGACAGAUAUGCUUCCCAUUCGAUGCUCCCUUUGUGUUUGCUGAGAUUAACAGCGAUGUGGUGUUUUAUUCUCGGCAAAGAGAUGGGACCAUGCAGCCGGUCAAAUUGAACCAGACUCAUGUAGGCCGCAUGGUUUUGACAAAAACUCCAGGAGCAAUGACCCGCCGUGACAUCACCGAUCAGUACAAGUUCCCUGAAGGAAGCACUGAGGAGCGAACUGUCCUGGAAAAAGCUGAUGAGUACGGUUGUAAACGAGAGAAGUCCAGCCUUCCUGUGGCUGACGUAGACCUGGUCCUGCCAACCCUGGAGAUCACUGUGGGAGAUGACUUUGAGCUGAGCCUGGAGUUUAUAAACCAAAGCGAUGAGCGUCGCACUGUGGACACCUACGUCAGUGGGACUGUGGUGUAUUACACCGGAGUCACCAGCUCCGAUUUCCUGUUCAAGACUCCCACUGUGACGAUUGGGCCCAACAAAAGUGUGAAGGAGGUGUUGGCGGUUGACUCAAAGAGCUACAUGAACAAGCUGGUGGAGCAGUCCAAUCUCAACUUCAUCGUUACAGGGAAAGUCAAGGAGACUGGCCAGAUCGUCACCGCCAUGAAAGUUGUCACUCUGCACAAUCCCAAACUCACCGUUGAGGUGUCUGGCCCACGCAAAGUCAGUGAAGAGAUGAUGGCAACUGUGGAGUUUACAAACCCCUUCACCUUCAACCUGGAGGGCGUCUACAUUCGCAUGGAGGGACCUGGAAUCAUGUUGCCCAAGUUCAAAUAUUACAGUCUGAUCACAGGAGGCUCCUCCCUGAUCUGGACCGAGUAUUUCACCCCGCAGAGGGCCGGCAGCACCAGGCUGAUCGCCACUCUGGACUGUCCUGCUCUCAGACAGGUCCACGGCCAGGUGUCUUUCACCAUCAACCCCUGAAAUCGCUACAGGAUCGCUGACGUCUGGCAUCAUUCAACCCAGUUACACUUCAGCCAAAAUAUAGGCCUUGCUAACAUAGUUAUGUAACUGUACACUCACAACUGUUUAACAGAUAUAGCUUCAACAUUUAUGAUAACGAUGGCAAUAGUUUUAGUCAUAAAAACCAAGUGCGGUAGAUCUCUUACAUCUUAAAGAUACAGCCAUGUAGAAAACUAUGCAAAUUUUUGUACCAUGUCAAACACCAAGAAGCUACAGUAUGUGAGUUUUUACGAUCAUGAAAGAGUAUGUCCAACAAACAAUGCCUUCUCAUAUUGAAUUUUUCGGUCUUUUCUAUUGUUUUUUGUCUAUUUGACCAUUCAAAAAUCUUAUGAAUUUUAGCCCAAAAAUACACAAGCAUAGGAGUAGGAGUGUCUUUACUUAAAAGCUGAAUUAAUCAAUUUUUGGCCUCUAGGGGGCAGACACAGCCCUGACAUGUCAUCAUCUUACAGAGUUGAUUAACAGAAUUGAUUUUGGGUUACCUGAUGAAUUUAAGCCCAAUAUUCAAAUUCUUUUGACUCAGUUUACAUCUCCACCAACUCCUAACAAAAACACCUGGGUCUUUAGUCGCUAAAUGUCCAGUUAUCUUCUUCAGCUAGUUGAUGUUUUUGUCUGUCCUCUGUUUGGUGCUGCGGAGGUAGCGUAUAGUGGAUUUAUCAGUGCUGGGUUUCAUGAAAAUAGUUUCCUGCAGCAGCUGGAAACAGGGAUGAUAGGAGCAGUGAGACUGAACCAAACAGUAAAUGUGCCAUAAAACCAA